AUGUCUUAUAAAAAAACGGAUAUCUUUUUACACUCUCUCUCUCUCUCUCUCUCUGAUUCACACACACUCUUUCUUUCUCUCUCUCUCAAAGCUUCCAUUGCACUCUUUCACCUCUCUCUGAUGCUUCCAUUGCACUCUCUCACCUCUCUCAUUCUUAAUCAUGCCAUACAUUUCUCUGUUCUCCCCAUUUAUCCUUUGCUUUCUUUUCUCCAUCUUUUUCUUUCCAUCUUCUUUUCUUUUUUUUGUUACAAUCCUUUUAUCAUUCUAUCUAGCCUUUGCUUUCUUUUUCUCCAUCUUUUUUCUUUCCAUUUUCUUUUUUGUUACAAUCCUUCAUUCUAUCUAGCCUUUGCCUUUCUUUUCUCCAUCUUUCCAUCCAUCUUCUUUUUUCCUUUGCUUUCUUUUUCUCCAUCUUUUUUCUUUCCAUCUUCUUUUUUGUUUUGUUACAAUUUUUCAUCUCUAUCUAGCCUUUGCUUUUCUUUUCUCCAUCUUUUCUUUUCCAUCUUCUUUCUUUUUCCUUUGCUUUCUUUUCCCAUCUUUUUUCUUUUCCAUCUUCUUUCUUUUUUUGUUACAAUCCUUUCAUUCUAUCUAGCCUUUGCUUUCUUUUCUCCAUCUUUUUCUUUCCAUCUUCUUUCUUUUUUUGUUACAAUCCUUUCAUUCUAUCUAGCCUUUGCUUUCUUUUCUCCAUCUUUUUCUUUCCAUCUUUUUUUUUUUUCCUUUUGCUUUCUUUUCUCCAUCUUUUUCUUUCCAUCUUCUUUCUUUUUUUGUUACAAUCCUUUCAUUCUAUCUAGCCUUUGCUUUCUUUUCUCCAUCUUUUUCUUUCCAUCUUCUUUCUUUUUUUGUUACAAUCCUUUCAUUCUAUCUAGCCUUUGCUUUCUUUUCUCCAUCUUUUUCUUUCCAUCUUCUUUCUUUUUUUGUUACAAUCCUUUCAUUCUAUCUAGCCUUUGCUUUCUUUUCUCCAUCUUUUUCUUUCCAUCUUCUUUCUUUUUUUGUUACAAUCCUUUCAUUCUAUCUAGCCUUAGCUUCCUUUUAUUCUCUUUUCUUUCUUUCCUUACUUUUCCUUUACUUCCAUUUUUCUUUUCCUUUUCCAUCUUUUGUGUCUUCCUUUCUUUUCCUUUUUCUCUUUAUUUGUUUUCUACACUUUCUUUCUUUUUCCUUUUUCCCUCUCCCUCUUUUUUGUUUUCUUUCUUUUUAUUUGCUUUUUAUUUCCUUUCCUUCUUUCUUUAUCAUUAUUUCCUUUUCCUCUGCCUUCUUUUUCGUUAUUACACUCUUUCCUUUUCUUUUUUCUUUUUACAUUUCUUAUCACUCGUUCAUUUUUUAUUUUUAUUUUCAUCCUUGUUUCUCUUUCACUCUGUUUCUUUCCCCACUUUUCUUCUUAACUUUCUUGUUUCCUACAUUUCUCUUUCUUUUUAUCCUUUUCCAUCAUCCAUUGCUAUGUUUGUUUGUUUCUUUCUUUCUUUCCUUUUUGUUUUCCUCAUCCCUGGUUUCUGUUCUCUGGUUUUCUCUUUUACUAACUUCCCAGCUUUUUAUUCUUCCUUUUUUUCUCUUUAUAUUUUCCUCUUCUCUCACUCUCUUCCAAAAAUACUCAAAGAAUCUUGCACUUUAUCCCAGUGUCAUUCUUCCGCCUUUCCUGUCUUCAUAUCCACUUUUAACCUGGUUAAUUCUCGUGACUAG